UCGUACUCGCGGCCGCCGAUGGAGCCUGCCGAAGUCGAGUUCUUGGCCGAGCAGGAGCUGGUCACCAUCAUCCCCAACUUCAGCCUGGACCGCAUUUACCUCAUCGGGGGUGACUUGGGUCCCUUUAAUCCUGGACUGCCUGUGCAAGUUCCUCUGUGGCUGGCGAUCAACCUAAAGCAGAGGCAGAAGUGUCGACUCAUAGCUCCAGAGUGGAUGGAUGUGGAAAAGCUGGAACAAAUCCGGGACCAGGAACGCAAAGAAGACACUUUCACCCCGAUGCCAAGCCCUUACUAUAUGGAAUUAACCAAGCUACUGCUAAACUAUGCUGUAGACAAUAUUCCAAAGGCAGAUGAAAUACGAACAUUGGUUAAGGAUACCUGGGAUACUCGAAUAGCAAAACUCCGGUUGUCUGCGGAUAGCUUUGUCAAGCAGCAGGAAGCCCAUGCCAGGCUGGAUAAUCUGACUCUGAUGGAGAUCAACACCACUGGGGCUUUCCUUACUCAAGCCUUAGAUCACAUGUACAAGCUACGUACAAAUCUCCAGCCUGGAGAGAGUACCCAGUCCCAGGACUUUUGACAGCUGAAAUCCUCUGUGAAAUGGAGGCCAGGCAUUUGAGUACUUUUCUGAACCUUAAAGAAACCACCUCUUUAACACUAUAAGGGUAUUUUGAAACCAAGAAUGGAAUGCUAGAGAAGAUUUCCAUGUAAUUCCAUCCUUGAUGGCGUCGACUUGUGG